AGAUUAAAUUGACCAAGGUUCUUUCUCCCCUCCUUCCCCCCUCCCCUUCGCCAUUUUUUCUCGCCACUUGUGUCGGGCAGACUUACCCGUCUUCCCAAAUCCCGCGAACUAACGCUAAUUAUGUCCUCCCCAAAAACGGCUUCCCCAAAGGCAGCUUCCCCAAAGGCAGCUUCCCCAAAGACGCCCGAGUCGCCAGCAGCAGCCCAGCCGCAAGAUGGCGUGAUCGAAGUUGACAACGACGCCGAUUCGGCUUAUUCCGCGUCAACGCAAGUCACCGAUGGCGAAUCGCUUAGGUCUUCUAUCCUCAACUACAAGUGGGAGAAUGGGCGGCGAUAUCAUGCGUAUGAGGAUGGCGCCUACUGGGGCCCGAAUGAUGAUCGCCAGCAGGAAGCUGAAGACCUCAUGCACGAGAUGUACCGGAUCAUAAUGGAUGACAAACUUUACGCCGCGCCCAUUGGGGACAAUCCGCAAUCUGUCCUGGACGUGGGUUGCGGCACAGGCAUCUGGGCCAUUGAUUUUGCAGACGCACACCCGUCGGCCGACGUUCUCGGUGUCGACCUCUCACCCAUCCAGCCAAACUUUGUUCCACCUAACUGCCGGUUCGAGGUGGACGACAUCAACAAGGACUGGACGUUCCCAGAGAACAAGUUUGACUUUGUCCACAUCCGCGCCAUGACGGGUUGCAUCCCAGACUGGACCGAAUUCUACGCGAAAGCCAUGAAACACGUCAAGCCCGGCGGCUUUGUCGAGCACGUCGAGCUCUGGGGCAUCGCGAGCUCCGACGACAACACCCUGCGGGCCGACUCGCCGCUCAAGACGUGGGUCGACAUCUUCGAGAAGAUCGGCGCGGCGACAGGCAAGUGCUUCUUCUGGGGCGACAGGGCGGCCGACUCCAUGAGGGAGGCCGGCCUCGCCGACGUCACCGAGCGCAGGGUCAAGGUCCCGAUAGGCCCCUGGCCAAAGGACAAGCGGCUGAAGCACUGGGGCACGUGGAACCGGCAGUUCUUGCUGCAGGCCCUCGAGGGGUUCUCGAUUCGUGGCAUGACGGAGCUGUUGGGGUGGAAGUACGACGAUGCACAGCUUUUUCUUGUGGAGAUGCGGAAUGAGCUGAAGAAUCCGAAUCUCCAUUCGUAUGUUGAUCUAACUAUUAUUUAUGGUCAGAAGCCCAAGGAGUAGUGUGUUUCUUAGCAUCCAUUUUCCCUUGUUCCUCGGAUGACCUGCGUUAAGAGCGUAAGAAUGGGAGUGAAGUGAGAGCUUUUAAAUUGAAUCAUAGCCGUGGAAAAGUCGCAUACCCCAGAGUUGUCUAAGCGCGCCCACUCAUUUACAUUAGCAUCAUUUCGAGCAUUGAAAGACCAUCAUGUUGAAAUUUCUUUACUCUCAUAUAUAUGGUUGUCAGUUUCCUCUAAAACAAGCAUAUUAUCUUACAAUGAAGCCUCAAACGGAUCUGCCGAUGGCCCAAAUUGGUACGUCUCAGUACUUGCAAGAUGUUAAAAAGGAUCGUUAGACACCCCAUCAAAAUUUGAAUCUCCGCCCCAGUGAUACUGGCUUGGCAAUUCAGUAAGCGAGGUCAAGUUAUACUCCAAGAAGCCCAAGCUGGUUCCCUCCUCCAGUUUCAAUAUCGAGUCUUCCCC